UGGGCCCAGCAGAGUCUGCCCCCCAACUCCCCCGCACAGGCAUCUAGGCGCACCUCACCACUGCCCUCCCAGGCCGAGCGAGUAUUGCCAACUCUGGGCGGGGUCCUGCGGUUGUGAUAGGCUCCUCCUCCCCGGCUCCGCCCCUCCCCCUCGGGGCCCUCCUGCGCUUUGCUCCUCCGGGCCCCUGCACCUGCUCCCAGCCAUGGUGGCCAGGCUCACCGCUUUCCUUGUUUGCCUCGUUUUCUCCUUGGCCACCGUGGUCCAGAGAGGAUAUGGAGACUUGGAUGGUCUUAAUCUGGAGGAUGCACUGAAAGAAACUUCCUCAGUAAAGCAGAGAUGGGACCAUGUCACCACUACAACUAGAAGGCCAGGAACAACUAAAGCACCAUCAAAUCCUAUGGAACUAGGUGGGUUUGACUUGGAAGAUGCCUUGGACGAUCGAAAUGAUCUAGAUGGCCCCAAAAAGCCAAGUGCAGGAGAAGCAGGAGGUUUAUCAGACAAGGAUCUUGAAGACAUCCUGGGAGGUGGGGGAUACAAACCUGACAAGAAUAAAGGUGGUGGUGGUUAUGGCAGUGACGAUGACCCUGGAUCUGGCAUAUCGACAGAAACUGGCACCAUUGCAGGUGUGGCCAGUGCCCUUGCUAUGGCCCUGAUUGGAGCUGUAUCCAGCUACAUCUCCUACCAGCAGAAGAAGUUUUGCUUCAGCAUUCAGCAGGGCCUCAGUGCAGACUACGUGAAGGGGGAGAACCUGGAAGCUGUUGUGUGUGAAGAACCUCAAGUGACAUACUCAAAACAAGAAACACAGUCUGCAGAACCCCCGGCACCUGAGCCACCCCGGAUCUGAGGGAUCUGAGGCCCUGUUCAGUGCAUAUGAAGGGAGCCAUCGCUUGUGACCCAGCUCCAGAUUUCAUUUGCCAAGCCUUUCCCCAAGUUUCUUCCCAUGCCACUGGCUUCUUAUUGUACUUUUUCUGGACAAGCCUUAGGUGUUCAUGAGUAUGGUUUCUGUGCCCUGUCCUGCAGACUAUGGUGACUGUUCUGCCAAGAGUCCUCUGAAGAGACUUAGUGCUGAGACUUGAGAUCCAGAUUCAGCAGAUUACUAGCACCAGCAUUAAGAGUUUCUGAGUGGUAGAGAGAGCCUGAUCCAGCCUUAGCAUGGAAAAGGAGGAUGCCCAAGGUGGGGGUGGACCAGAUGAUGGUUGGGACAGCAUUGCAGGACAUUUCUGGUUAAGCAAUCUCUAGGUACUAUGAAACCCUUUCCCUUUAUGCUAUAGUGAAUUGUUGUACUGACCACUGAGAGCUGUAAGGAGCAUGCCCAACUGGCAUGUGGUGCAUAUGGAACCCAUUUUGAGACAAACCAGACAGCACCAAGCUGCAACACACACACACACACACACACACACACACACACACACACACAUGCAGGCAGCCACGAGCACACACACACACACAUAUAAGCACACAUAUGUAACACACGUGCGUGGACACAUAACACCUAGGUUCUUUAAAAAAAUUGAUUGUUCUUCCCAACUUCAUGUUUUAUAUUGUUGAGCUUUCAGAGAGCUUGUCCAGGUGAAGGCUCUUCAGUUAUUUUAGUGCAAACAUGGUCUUACAAUAGUCUUACCCCAAGAUAAGGAGCGUGUGGGAGCUGUGACUUGCAGUUUGAUUCCCAUCAGAUUCUGUAAGGAUCUCCAGCUGGCCUGGUAACAGGUCUUAGAAGUCACACCUACAAAUGAAAUUUCUACCAGGUCAGGGUGGGUGUGUACUCCUACCCUGUACGUGAUCUUAUUUAAGUAGCAAGAGCUACAUCUCCAACCAGAAGCAUGCUUGUUGUUUUAUUAGAAGUGGAUGGGGAAGGGGGAGGGGAUGGGAAGGGAUGCUGGCUUAGCAUAAGGGGCUGGCCCUUGGUUUCUUGCUGCCUUUGUAGUUGUGUAGCUGUCGUCCAUGUCUGCUCUGUAAAGGGCUCUGACCAUGUUCAUAGCGGUAAAUACAAGAAACCAAGGGCCAGAGCCAGAGCUGAUGCUACCCCUAGUUUGGGCUGGAUCUACCUGCUUCCUGGAUUGCUUCUUUGGCUCCAGUAAGCUUAAUAGUGAACCCUGCAGGUAAAAGCUAAGCUAGUUUCCACCCCAUGUGAACUAAUAGUUUGCCUGUCAAGAGGCACUUCUGAAAGCAGUGUGUCACUGUGAAGACAAGCUCCACAGCUCCUCUGGACAACAUGACUGGCCCCAUAUAUUCCACAAGCUGUGAAUUAGCUUCUUUGCCUCUGCUGAGCUGGGAAGAGGCAACACCCACCUUAAGAAACUACUUAACUCUUGUGCUGUCUAAUGCAUGCCUUGAGUGUGUUUGUUGUUUAAAGACUAUUCAUGGUGGAGGGCUGCUGGGGGGUAGGGUCGUGUCUCCAGGCAGCCUGAACACCUACUCCCAGUGUAUACCUGUGGAUGACAUGCCCCCUUUGCUUGGCCUUUGAUCCCAGACAGUCCAGGUCUGGGGAUCCAAUAGGGAAGCUGGCACACUGGGUAAAUGACACCAAGAUGGAAAACAAAAGCUCAUGGCCUCAGGAAGCCCCUCUUAUUCUUCAGGAAGUUAAUUAGCAAAGUUAAUUGUAAGUCGUGUUAGUUUCUAGAACCUCCUAACUUGCUGAUUAGACUGCUGUCAACUUUGUCAGAACUGUACCUUACUGACACCAAGGACAUCAAGAGAUGAUGGUGCCACUGUUUGGCCAGUACUGAGCUAGGGGUGGCUUCAAGGAUGGAUUUUAUUAUUUCUGGUCUGUUGACAUGUAGUGAGGGUAAUUUCAGGAGGGUUGUCUACCUUUAUGCUGAGGCCUGUCUGAUGGCAAAGCCCUCAAACCCCAUGGCCAUGAUGUAAAAUAAAUGCCCUCUUGUUAAACUGUUUUCUCAAUAGCACUGGUUCCAGUGAAAAAGAGCUCUAAUUUGCUCUCCCUUAGCUACCUCGGUGCCUUCUGCAUAAAGCCCUUCUGCAUAAAACCCAUCACUCAGCCCGCAGGCGCUAGCUAAGUGGCUGGACAGGCCUGGGCGGGCCAUCGGCCUCCUGUUCAUACAGUCUCAUCCCAGGGGCCGGGCUCCUCCUUCCCACUGGCAUUUUAUAUUUGGUGGGGCAUUGUGGCCUGCAGAAGGCUUGGGACCAGUCCUGUAACUGUGUCCCCACUGAGGGCUUUGUUGGCCAACUUGGGCUAGCCCCAGGUGACAGAAGGGAGAAAACAAAUGAAGCAGAAGAGCCAAUUGCCAAGAUCAGAUCUCAAUCAGCGAAACUUGACAGGAAGAACUUUUAAAAUGCUCAACAUUCUCAAGUGGCUUGAUGUAGAGGGCUGCCUACCCUGGUGUGGGGCGGGCCCACUGCCUCAGCCACUUGGGUUGUGGUUAGUACCAGUUCUCGGAGGAAGACAUGCUGGAGACUGCCAGAAUCCCUGUACAUUGUUUUACGUGCUUGUGUCCAAGUGUGAAUUGUAAAUGGCCUAGUGUUUGCAUUAAACAAAGUGGAACCUAA